UCUCGCCCCCGCGCUCGCUUCUUUCAGCAAGGCGGAGUGGCUGGCUAGGAGGGACUGCCUCGCCGGCAGCCCGCCGAUCCCCUGCUUCCUCGCCUCUUCGGCCGGGAUUUUAAAAUUCAAAGCAGAUCCUCCGCAGGUUCCUUCUGGACUCCGCCCAAAAAAGUAACUUGGCUCCCGCAUCCCCGGCGGGCCGCCAAGCAGAGGUGCUCGCUGGGGUUCUCCAUCCUUUCCCAGCGCUGCCAUGGAGGCGACCGAGCGCUCUCGGUCCGCGGCGGGUCCCCUUUUCCCCGGCCACGGAAGGCAAGGGACGGCGUCGGGGAAAUAAUCCGAGACCAAGGAAGGGAUCGCCGGCCGGGGCCAAAGAGGAGCGGGGAGCCAACCGCUCAGCCCUCUCCGAGACGCGUGGCGGUGGCGGUGGAGAGCCUGCUCGUUUCCUUUCCCGGCGCCGGGAGCAUCCUGCGGGGCGGCUCUGUUUCGCCCGGGGCCUGCCUCUGUCUCUCGGAAAAGGCAGGGCUCCGCCGCUGGAGAGGCGGCCGCGAAGGGGGGGGGAAUCCCUUCUCUGCGGCUGGGUGGUGGCGGCGUCCAGGCGUGGCUUCGGGAGGGCUCGGCACCUAAGCUCCGCUCUCGGCCCGCCAGCCUGAUGGCAACGUGUGGCGAGGCGCCCGGCGAAAGAGGGCGAGACAACCACCACCGGGUCUCUCCAAUGAUGGAUUACAAAGCUGUACUAGCAACACUCUGUUCUCUGGAACCUUGAGGGGCUGUGUUCAGAAUCUGGAACAAGUGCGCCUAUGGGCCCGUGCCCCACUUUUUACCUAUCUUUUGUGCUCCUGCUUUGUUGCCCACUUCCCCCAGAUAUAUCUGGAUGCCUGCUUACCAGACAACCAUUUGUCCUUGGUCUUUGCUCCAGCACCUCCUCUCCAGCGGCAUCAGGUAGACUGCAGCUGAAGUACUAAAAGAGGAGGUCCUUCAAACCGGCCGCAGGCUUGUUGUGUUGCUCCUUAGCCCUCUGGCAGCCCUGAGGGGCAGCAGAGGCAAAAGAGUUUGCCUCAGGGACACGAAAUUGGCUGGACGUGUGGCAAAGGGGUUGUGAUCUGGCCGUCCCCGAAGUGGCCCAUCAUUCUGUACGUGUAGCUGCACCUGCAAAGGACGGUCGGAGAAAGAGGACAGCAGGCCAGGAUCCAGAGUGGAGUGUCUGGGAAGCAACUCUGCCCACUCAGAACAAGCUGUUUCAGGGGAUUUCAAUAUAGUCUCUCUUCUCCUUUCCAAUCCUUUGUUCCUCUUUGCCAGAAGGACCCCGGGGCCCUCAUCUCUGGUUCUGAGAGGUAGCAGACAUUUCCUUUCCCUCCAAAGAGAUAAAAAGAUGACUUCCGCUGGGUGCCUCCCUCCUACCUGUCUAGGAAAGAGUGCUUUGCUAACAUGGAUUGGGUGAGGGCUUCUACGUUGGCAACAUGAUGUAGACCUUUCUUGAGGCAAAAGUCUCUAAGGGGCCUGAGACAAGCUCCUGGCCUCUGGUGAAACUUUCCUUUGUGGGAAUCACUUUGCAGGAGAGAGCAAAGCUCUGGACCUCACUUCUGGCGUUUGCCUCUCUGUUCUUGAAAGACUCUUGGACUGGGCUGGAAUUCAAGCGUUCUAACUGAGAAGAUUCUGGCUGUCUGAACUGUGGCCGAGAGCCACAUGGAAGACCUGGGCAGGUCCACAUCGUGGCUGAGGGCCGAGCUGGCCUCCCCUUCUCCAUGCCUGCACAUCCUUGACUGCCGCAGCCGGGAGCUCUAUGAUUCCUCCCACGUGGAGCGGGCACUGAGCGUGGCCCUCCCGGGACUGCUGCUCCGGCGUCUCCGUAAGGGGAAUCUUUCUGUCCGAUCUUUACUGCCUGAACCCCCACAGGAUAACCCUGUGUUGCUGUAUGAUGAGGGGACCCUCCAGCUGCCUCAUCCAGGAGGCCAAGAGGAGGAUGAAGAUUCGGUGCUGGUGACACUGUUGCAGAAGCUGCGGGAAGAAGGUUGCCUGGCCUACUACCUCCAAGGAGGCUUCCAUAAAUUCCAAGCUGAGUGGCCACACCUCUGUGAAACCAAUCUAGACACAGCCAGUGCCAGCAGCUCGCCGGUCCCUCUGGCUGCUCCAGUGGUGGGCCUGGGAGGCCUCAGCCUUAGCUCCGACUGCUCAGAUGCUGAGUCGGAGCCCCUCAGCAGCGGCAUGGAAUCAGAAGGGGCAAGCCCCCCAUCUUUCCCGGUGCAGAUUCUUCCCAACCUCUACCUGGGCAGUGCCCGUGAUUCAGCCAAUCUAGACACCCUGGCAAAGCUAGGCAUCAGCUACAUCCUCAAUGUUACCCCCAACCUGCCGAACCUCUUCGAGAAGAAUGGGGAUUUCCAUUACAAGCAGAUCCCCAUCUCGGACCACUGGAGCCAGAAUCUUUCUCAGUUCUUCCCUGAGGCCAUUGAGUUCAUUGAUGAAGCCCUCUCUCGGAACUGUGGCAUCCUUGUGCACUGCUUGGCCGGGAUCAGUCGCUCGGUUACUGUCACCGUAGCCUACCUCAUGCAGAAGCUCAACCUGUCCCUCAACGAUGCCUAUGACCUCGUGAAGCGGAAGAAGUCCAACAUCUCUCCCAACUUCAACUUCAUGGGGCAGCUGCUGGACUUUGAAAAGUCCCUGGGACUCAGCAGGGGCAGCAGCCGGCGCCCUGCCUCCAGCCAGGCCUGCUUCUUCACCUCGCCAGCUGAUGACCGUGUCUUUGAGUUGGAUCCUACGUAGUGGAGGUGGGCAGGCAGGAUGGUAAAACAGGUGCUGGCUUCUUUUCCUCUUUGGUUCUGUCUGCUCUGCCCUGGAGGCAGAGCCCCGUUGGGGGCCAACAGAAUUACCUCAUGCCAUAGAGGGAGAUGCCUCUUUCCACACCAACUGCCACUUCCAGAGAAGAUUCUGGCUGCCUUUUGUGUUCUUCAAUGCAUCAACAGGGAUGCGGUGUACCUGCCGUUCUUGCAGCUGAGCUGAGAGGGCCAAACCAAUAACCAAAGAAGAGAAGAACCUCCCUACCUGCUCCACUUCAGUUCAACCUCCUUUGUUCUCAAACACCUGGAAUGAGGAGGACAGGCCACAGUUGUUAUGGAGCCAGCUGUUUUUGGAGAUUUGGAUGUCGAACAUUGCAAAUUCCUCUCUCUUUUUUUUCAUUUUCUUUUUUUUUCAUUUUCUUUUUUUUUCUUUUUUCCUUUCUUUUUUUUUUA